CAAGCGCGUGUCAACGAACCGUACAAGAAUGUCCUGCAGAAAACUGUUAGGAGCUGUGUUACAGAAAAAGCAAUUGAAACAUGGAUGCAACGUCAGACCUUUUACAAAUUUUCGUUUCAUCCCCCACCCACUUCUCCUCCCCCACCCUCCGUUCCUCCUCACCCAAUUCACCACUUCCACCACCAGCACCAUUCUCCUCUACAAGAACACACAGUCUCAGACAAAGUUCUUCAAACUGAUAUUCCUAAUGUCCGGAGUCCAACUAGUAUUCUGGGCUUAUCUCUCUUACUUUGCCUUUGCCGAGCUCCGUCAGGAAAAACUCUGCCUGCAAACUGACCAGACUCCGCCCACUUUACAAGAACAACAAGCCACGCCAACCUUGUCGACGGGGAAGGCGCCAAUCACGGCACCAUGGUAUUCAUCCCUCAAAUGGCGACUUGCAAUAUCUCUUCUGGCGCUUAGCGUGGGCGUAUUUUUCGCCACCACGGCCUGCAUGUACCCACUGCGGGUCGUCCAGAAAAUGAGCUACAUUCGUGGGAAAAUGGGCGGAGUUUCCAUCACCACCUAUUCCCCACUCAAGGGUGUUAGGGAGGUGCGUGCUGAUCUCAGUGAUAUUGGUGUGGCUGGCAAAAGAGUAUCAGAGGCCAAAGGUCGACAACUUGGAAUGAAGGUCAAAGGACAUCGCCUGUUCUACCUGCUUGAUAGGGGAGGGGAUUUCCCCAAUCCCAAACUUUUCGACACUCUCAUAGGAGCUAGAAAAAUGUGAAAUUGUGUGUAGGUGUAUGAUGAGCACUGUUGCAUGUGUGUAGCUACGCCCCCGGUUUCCAUUUCCGGAUAUUGUGUCGUACGUCCGUAAUCUCCAGCACAUGCGUAAUCUCCAGAAUGACUCAGCAACCGGCUGACGAGGUAGGCGUAGCCAAUACUCUUGCAAGGCCGAAUAGCUAAACUCUCUCUUGGCCAGAGGAGGCAGUGUAUGUGUGAGGCACACGAGACGGUAGCGCCGCGAGACCACCACCAGAUCUUUUCUCUCUACCGUCCCUACCUCUCCCUGUGUCGGCGGCCAUGUACAAGCUGAAGCAAUCUCAGCGGGCUAAGGUCCGCCAUUUCAUGGCGGUGACGGGCUCGGACGAUCACACAGCCAUAAACUGUCUGACUCAGAACGACUGGAGGCUCGACAUGGCUACGGAUAACUUCUAUCAGGACCCGCUAAAGUACUUCGUAGAGCCGCCUCGUGCACCGGUGGACAAGAAAAAGAUAGAUAUCCUCUUCAAUAAAUACAGAAAUUCAUUGGAGGAGGACAAGAUGUUGGCAGAUGGGGUGAGUCGUUUCUGUGACGACGUGGGUUUGGACCCCACCAGUCUGACUGUGCUCCUCAUUGCCUGGAAAUUCAAGGCAGCCACUCAGUGCGAGUUCUCGCGGAAGGAAUUUGUGGACGGAAUGAGUGCACUUGGCUGUGACAGUAUCGAGAAGCUGAGAAAAAAGUGUGAGAACAGCGCAAUGGAGAAGGAGUUGAAAGAGCCACCGAAAUUCAAAGACUUUUACCAAUUCACUUUCAACUUUGCGAAAAAUCCGGGGCAGAAAGGGCUGGGUGGGUUUUCUUAUUAAUGCAGAGUUUUUGAAAGAAAUGGUUUCGCAAUAAUUGUUUAGAUUUGGACAUGGCUCUUGCGUACUGGAACAUUGCCAUGAAGGGGAGAUUCAAGUUUCUAGAUCUCUGGUGCCAGUUUCUUCAGGUGAGUUAUGAUUACGUGAAUGCAUGAAGUAACUGAAACUUGGGUGGACUCUAAAGCAAACAUGUGCAGCAUAUUUUGCUGGUUGCAGGAGCACCAUAAGAGGUCUAUUCCCCGGGACACGUGGAAUCUUUUACUUGAUUUCUCACUCGCCAUCGAUGACACCAUGUCUAACUAUGACGAAGAAGGGGCAUGGCCAGUAUUAAUUGAUGACUUUGUGGAAUAUGCUCGUCCAAUCCUUCAGAAGAGAGUUCUAGAACACUCACAGUGACUGCAACACUCACUCACUCACUCACAAAUUAUUAUUGACGUUUCUUCUUUGCGCCACGUGUAAAGAACCACGCUAAAAAAAGAUCUUCUCUCUAAUAAUAUCAAGUCAAGCACCUUAGUUGCUAAACUAACCUCUAUAUAUGAACUCACAAACAUAGAUGCAAUGGUCAGAAUUUUGAGUAUAAUACUGCAGUGAAUGCACAAGAAUCCAAUGUUAGCACACACCCCAUAUUUCCUCCACUCCUCCUUUGGUGAAGCUCAAAAGGAUGUUUAUCAGCUUCCAUGCCUCCGCUAGGGAAGUGAGUAAGUAGGUGUUCCAUGGCUCCAGAGUAAACCUAUACUCUCCAGUCACCAUACUAAGACAUAGUCUGGCCAACACUGCAUAGUAGAGACAGUCCAGCUCUUCUGCACUCAGUGGAAAGACAUCACGGUAGCC